UUCCUUGAAGGAUAACCACACAUUACAUCUAUAUACAAUAUACAUCAUGACCAACCAAAGCAUUAUGAAGAGUUUGUGUGUGCUCAUCCAAAAUUAAUUCCGGAAGCUGGAUUAUAACUUUUACAGUAUUCUUCUCCUCUAUUGCAUGAAGCUGGAUUCUGACUUUGGCACUUGGAAUUCAUAACUGCCGUGCCGAAAAUGAGCAGUGCCUUUUCCUCUAUAGUUUCUUCUGAUGUGGUGCCUCAGAAAAAAUAUGACGUUUUUCUUAGCUUUCGAGGUGAGGAUACUCGCAGAAACUUCACUAGCCAUCUUUAUGAUGCUUUGAGCCGAAAGAAAGUUGAAACAUUUAUAGACAACAAUGAGCUUCGAAAAGGAGAUGAGAUCUCGGCAGCACUCAUCAAAGCCAUUGAGGAGUCACAUGCAUCUAUUGUCAUCUUCUCAGAAAACUAUGCUUCCUCAAAAUGGUGCUUGAAUGAGCUCAAAAAGAUUCUUGAAUGCAAGAAAUAUAUGCAACAGAUUGUGAUACCAGUUUUUUACAACAUAGAUCCAUCACAUGUGAGGAAGCAGACCGGGAGUUACAAGCAAGCCUUUGCAAAACAUAAGCAAGAUUUGAAGCACAAUAAUGACAAGUUGAAGAAAUGGAAAGAUUCUCUCACCGAGGCAGCUAAUUUGGUUGGUUGGGACUCUCGAAAUUAUAGGAGUGAACCAGACUUCAUUAAAGACAUUGUUGAAGAUGUUUUGCGGAAACUGAAUAUUAGGUACCCAUAUGAAAUUAAGGGGCUUGUUGGAAUUGAGAAAAAUUACGAACAAAUUGAAUCAAUGCUGAAAAUUGGGUCAAAUGAAGUCAGAGUACUUGGAAUAUGGGGCAUGGGUGGGAUAGGAAAGACCACCCUUGCUAAGACAUUAUAUGCUAAACAUUUUUCCCAAUUCGAAGGUCGUUGCGUCCUCAAUGUAAUGGAUGAAUCAAACAAGUAUGGACUCAAUGUUCUACACAAUAAACUUCUGUCUUCAUUGUUAGAGGAAGAAAAUAUUCAUCCUGAUGCAUCCUACAUAGAAGCCCCUUUCUCCGAGAGAAGGAUUGGGCGUAAAAAAGUUUUAAUUGUUUUGGAUGGUGUAGAAACCUUAGAACAAAUAGAAGAUCUUAUCCUAAAAAUUGAUGGUCUAGGACCAGGUAGUAGGGUCAUUAUUACAACUAGAGAUAAGCAGAUAUUUAGUCAGUUGAGUAAAUGUGAAAUAUAUGAGGUUAAGGAAUUAGAGAAGCCUGAUUCUCUUCAGCUAUUCAGUUUGAUUGCCUUCAAAGAAAAACAUCCUAAAACUGGAUAUGAAGAUCUAUCAGAUAGUGUAAUUGCCUAUUGCAAAGGUAACCCUCUGGCUUUAAAAGUUUUAGGUGCAAAUCUCAGUUCAAGGGGCCGAGAAGCAUGGGAAAAUGAACUGAAAAAGCUCCAAAAGAUUCCCAAUCGAAAGAUUUAUGAUGUGUUAAAAUUGAGUUAUGAUGAUUUAGAUCAUUGUCAGAAGGCCAUAUUUCUAGACAUCGCAUGCUUGUUGAAUGGAAAAGAUAAAACUUUUGUAAGAGAUCUAUUGGAAGCUUGUGAGUUCUUUGCAAUAAGUGGGAUAGAAGUCCUUCUAGAUAAGGCUCUCAUUCAACUAGGUUCAAUUUUGCAUGUCAAAUGGGAAGUUUGUAUUAUAGAAAUGCAUGAUUUGUUACAAGAAAUGGGACGGGAAAUUGUUAAUCAAGAAUCUGAAGACCCUGGAAAACGAAGUCGACUGUGGAAAGCUGAUGAGAUAUCUGAUGUAUUUCUGAUGUAUUGAAAAAUAACAAGGGAACUAAAGCUGUCGAAGGGAUAACAUUCGAUAGUACAGAUGUGGGGGAUCUUUACUUGAAGUCUAAUUCCUUUAGAAGGAUGACAAAUUUAAGAUAUCUUAAAAUCUAUAAUAAAUCUAGAGGAAACACGUGCAAUGUG